AUGGACCAAACCACCGCCAGCUGGGACUUUGCACCCGCCGUGCCCGACAACCCCGAUGAGUGGGAGGACUGGUUGCGCAUGGACUUCGCCGACGACCCCAUUUCGCCAAAUAGUUCAACAAAGACGAGCAAUAACUCGCCCAUGCAAGACAUCAGCUUCAAUGCCGACCAAUUUCCUCCUCUCAAUGUCGACGAGACGCUUGCGCCGCCACUGAUUGUUGGCGACGACGCCAACUUUGGUGACUUUUCCUUCGCCGACGCCGCUUUCGACUUUGGCCCAGCCCAGCCCAACACCAAGACCGACGACCUACCAUUUCUCUUUGGCACCGAGUCCAGCAAUCUGCAACCCAUCGUAGACGACUUGCACACUGGUUCAAAAGAGGCUUCAUCCUCAUCCUCAUCCUCGUCCCUAUGGCCAUCCAUCGGCCAGAACAUCAACGUACCACAGCAGAGCGAACUGCUCGCCCCUAUAAUCCUCGGUAGCAACGACUAUCCCGCCUCUGCACCAGCAUCCGUCUCGAGCACAAGUCAACACCGCGGUAGUCCUGCCUCCACAUCACAUGCCCGCACGAGCGUAUCGUCGAUAUCACCUGCACCAGAGCAAGCGGAACAANCCUGUCAAAAGAAGGGUGGAAGGAAGCGAAAGGUGUCGAACAGCGAUGAGGAACAACAGAGUCCAGAAGAUGGAGGACCUCCGAUCAAGAAGACGUCGCACAAUGUCAUCGAGAAGCGAUACCGCAACAACUUGAAUGACAAGAUUGCCGAACUUCGUGACAGCGUGCCCAGUCUCAGGGCCAUGUCGCGACCCAAUGGCAACGACGAUUCCGAGGAUCUCGAGGGCCUGACACCGGCGCAUAAGUUGAACAAGGCCACAGUCCUGGCCAAGGCUACCGAAUACAUCAAACACUUGGAAAAGAGAGCAAAGACACAGGCAGACGAGCUAACUCAACUCAAGACUCGCAUGGCAAACAUGGAGAAGGUCAUGGCAAGGUCCGCUACUGCCAACCAGCAUGCUGGUAUCCUCACACCCGCCAUUGCUCGCUCAAGGCAGGGCUCGAUUGCCUCUCAAGCACCGAGACGUAUCCAGCAAGACCAAUACAUGCAACAACAUUCCCAACCCACCUACGAACCUCAAGAAACCCUUGUCGAGCCUGGACAGAACAACCUCGUCAACGCUCAGGGUGCAGGCAAUGGCUUCGUCGGCAAACUCAUGGUCGGCUCGUUGGCUGCUCUCAUGGUUAUGGAAGGCUUCCACGAGCAAGAACAAGAUUCUCACUCCACAUCCGGAAGAGGUCUGUUCGCUGCCCCUGUGCACCUGCUCACGCGUGGCCAAUUCCUCAGAUCUCCAUCACAUGCUGCCUAUGGCUCGUCAGCCCAGGCUGCGCUUCCUCUACUCAAGACCUUCUUGGUCUUUGGUGCCUUCCUCUAUAUUCUCCUUCCUCUGCUUCGCUUCAAGCCACAACCAAAGCAGAAACACUCGAUUCGUAUCUGCCUCACCGCCGCCCCUUCUCUUGCUUCCCCGGUCGAGGUCCGCCGCAAGGCUUGGCUUACCGCUGUUCAAAGUGUUUGGAUGCCACGUCACUUCUUGCUUGAAGUUGUUUCUGUGACAUGCAAGAUGAUCAUGCUUAGUCUGCGUCGUCUUGUCGGCUCUGAGUUUUACUCGCGCGUCUCUGGCAAGACUCCUGAUGACGAGGCUGCUCGUAUCAAAGCAUGGGAUAUUGCCAUCGAUGCUCAACUUGCUGGUGGUGAUGCCGAGGUCAGCUAUUACCGCUUACUGCUUACUCUCAUGGCCUCUGGUACUCUUCCAGACUCUCCCAUCCGUCUCAUGCAAAAGGCUGUCCACUUCCGUAUCUUCUUCUGGGAAGUCGCCAAUGCUGGUUAUGGCAACAUGUUCAUGUUCAGAGACUUCACUGCCAAGGUGGGCAGGAUCUACUGGGACUCUGCUCGUAAACAACAACACGCCCUUGCUGCCGGCGAGUACACUGAGAAGCAGAUUGCCGAUGACAAGAUCGAGAAGUUGCCUGACUACCUUGCCGAGCUGAUCGAGCUCGACUGUGACGAUGUUCUGACCGACGAGAUGAUUCAACGUGCUUACAACCUCGCAUGGAACAGACCCAGUGCUGAAAAGACCAUCCCCAACCAGACCAUGAACAGUGUGGUGGAAGACCACGCUAUUCGAUCCCCUCUUGACGCUGUUGCUGCUUGGUUUGCCAACAUGACCGUCGACGCUGCACUUACUCGUGCUCUCGAUAGCGAUACCAAGACUGCGACCGAUGUACAAUAUCUUAUCGACUUGGCCAACAAGACUGCUCCUCCUGCGUCGGCGACUCAGACCCGCGCUCAUGUGGCAAAGGCUGUCCUUCUUGACAGCGGCCGUGCAGCACACAUCAUUGCCGCUCUGGAUACUCUACCAACGGUCACAUCUAAUGACGGCCUGGAUAUGCCCUCAAAUAUGAUCACCCAUACACCCAUCUCCCCAGACACGCACAGCGCUCUUACCCUUGCGAAGAUCCUCUCCAUCGUCUCACCUACCAAUCCUACCCCUGCGCGUGUGCAUGCCGCCUCUGUACUGUCUUCAAUGCACCUCAUGCCCAACAGAAUUACACUGCUUACCGCUGUCGCUGCUUACAAGGUUCUGUCAGCCUUCUCAUCUGAUGCCCUACUUUUCAACAGUGGCAAGCUCGGCUUAGAUGAUAUGGCUGGCAACCUCAGAGUAUGGAUUGGUACUCGUGCUGCUAAGACUGCAGGUUUGACCAGAGAGCAGAAAGCUACGAUCGUCGAGUCUUGUCUCGGUGUCAGCAAGCGCGUUGGCGGUUGGAAAGAUGAAGAAGAGAAAGACAGCGGGUAUGGCAGCCUAGAGGAUGGUGAAAGGGAAGCUGCCGUCAAGGUGUAG